GUUUUGAAUCUAGAUGGGUUCAGGAAUGUUUACUUAAAACUUCACUGGAUGUUUGAACAAAUAGGGAAUAAUGAGCAUUUAAAUAACAUUUAAUGACUAAAAUAAUCAAAUAAAUUAUUGUGUGUGUCGUGCCUGAUUUUCCCGGAUAUAGAAUUCCCUAAAAAACAUUUCAAUGUCAAUUGAAAGACUUUUUGGUGUGGAUUGUAGCUCUUUCUAUUUCAAAUUGAAUUUUUCUGUCAAGACGAACAGAUCCUAAAUUAAAACUUCUAGGAUCUUUAAGAAAGAGUUGUGGAGAGUUGAAAUUAAUAGAAAGUCAUUAAGUUUGUCCUGUUCUAAUUGUGAAAUUUACGUAAUUCCGGGUUUUAUGUGAAAAAUUUUGUGUGAAAAUUAGAAAAAAAAUAAAAAGAAAAGUUUUGGGUCAAUAUAAGUGAGAUUGAGCUAUAAUCAAGGAAAUUCAAGUUCUUUAACAAACCAAAAAUGACUGACGAGGUUCAAAGAUUUAUAGGACGUGGGAGCCGUAAAGGACAUGGAAUUGCUGUAUUCACAAGUGGAGGCGAUUCACAAGGUAUGAAUGCAGCAGUUCGAGCUGUCGUUCGUAUGGGAAUCUAUUUAGGAUGCAAGGUCUACUUCAUCAAAGAAGGAUACCAAGGAAUGGUCGAUGGUGGUGAGAACAUUGUAGAAGCAAAUUGGGCCUCAGUGUCGAGUAUUAUUCAUCGUGGUGGUACUGUAAUUGGAUCAGCUCGUUGUAUGGAUUUCAAGGAACGUGCUGGACGUUUAUCUGCUGCCGAGAAUCUUGUGAAGCGUGGAAUCACCAAUCUUGUUGUUAUUGGUGGUGACGGUUCAUUAACUGGUGCUAAUUUGUUCCGUGUUGAAUGGACAAGUCUGUUAGAUGAAUUGAUUGCAACAAAGAGAAUCACAGCUGAGGAACGUGACAAAAACAAAGCCUUACAUAUUGCCGGUAUGGUCGGUUCAAUUGAUAAUGAUUUCUGUGGAACAGACAUGACAAUCGGUACUGAUUCAGCAUUGCAUCGUAUCAUUGAGGCAAUUGAUGCAAUUGUCAGCACUGCUUAUUCUCAUCAAAGAACAUUCAUUAUGGAAGUUAUGGGACGUCAUUGUGGUUACCUUGCUGUCGUUGCGGGAUUAUGUACCGAGGCUGAUUAUAUCUUCAUUCCUGAAGAUCCAGCCAAAGUUGAUUGGCCUAAACGCAUAUGUGCUCAAUUGUCGCAGGAACGUUCGGCUGGUCAACGUCUGAAUAUCAUCAUUGUUGCUGAGGGUGCAACAGAUCGCGAGGGUAAUCCAAUUACUGCUGAGAUGGUUAAGAAAGUCGUUGUCGAUGAGUUGAAUCAGGAUACGAGAAUCACCGUUUUGGGUCACGUUCAGAGAGGAGGAAAUCCAAGUGCUUUCGAUCGUGUUUUGGGCUGUCGUAUGGGCGCUGAAGCUGUUAUGGCAUUAAUGGAAGCAACAGAUGAUACAGAACCAUGUGUUGUCUCGUUAGAUGGAAAUCAAGCAGUUCGUUUGCCAUUGAUGGAAUGUGUCAAUCGUACACAAGCUGUUGCUAAAGCGAUGGCUGAACGUAAAUUUGAACUUGCUGUUGAAUUACGUGGACGAUCAUUCUCAAGAAAUUUGGAAACUUAUAAGAUGUUGACUCGCUUGAAGCCACCAAAGGAUGCUUUCGAUUCUCAAGGAAAAGGCAAGGAAGGCUUUACACUCGCUGUUAUGCAUAUUGGUGCUCCAGCUUGCGGUAUGAAUGCAGCAGUUCGUUCAUUCGUUCGUAACUCAAUUUAUCGUGGUGAUAAAGUUUAUGGAAUUCAUGACGGUAUUGAAGGUUUAGUAGCGGGACAUUUUACUGAAAUGGGUUGGGGUGAUGUUACUGGAUGGGUUGGUCAAGGUGGUGCUUUCUUGGGUACAAAGCGUACAUUACCCGAAGGAAAAUUCAAGGAAAUUGCUCAACGUUUCCGUGAAUUCAACAUUCAAGGUUUACUCGUUGUUGGUGGCUUUGAAGGAUAUCACUCAUUGGGUCAAUUGGUUGAUCAACGUGAUCACUAUUCUGAAUUCUGCAUCCCAAUGAUUAUUAUCCCAUCGACUAUCUCUAAUAAUGUUCCAGGCACUGAAUUUUCCCUUGGAUGCGACACUGGCUUAAACGAGAUUACAGAAAUCUGCGAUCGUAUUCGUCAAUCAGCUCAAGGAACAAAACGUCGUGUUUUCGUCAUUGAAACUAUGGGAGGAUAUUGUGGAUAUUUAGCAACACUUGCUGGUCUUGCUGGUGGUGCCGAUGCAGCUUAUAUCUUUGAAGAGAAAUUCUCAAUUAAGGAUCUUCAACAAGACGUCUAUCAUAUGGCCUCAAAAAUGGCUGAUGGAGUUCAGCGUGGUCUCAUUUUGAGAAAUGAGAAGGCAAAUGACAAUUACAAUACUGAUUUCAUCCAUAGAUUAUAUAGUGAGGAAGGCAAAGGACUCUUCUCAUGCCGUUCAAAUAUUUUGGGUCAUAUGCAACAAGGUGGCUCUCCAUCACCAUUCGAUAGAAAUAUGGGAACAAAAAUGGCUGCAAAGGCUGUAGAAUGGCUUGUUGAUCAAUGCAAGAUUCACAGUAAGGACGGAAAGGUUAAUGCCACAACACAAGAUACUGCAUGCUUAUUAGGUCUGGUCAGAAGACAAUACAAAUUUUCACCAUUAAAGGAGCUUAUUGCUGACACAAACUUUGAACAACGUAUCCCCAAAGACCAAUGGUGGCUCAAGUUGAGACCUUUACUUCGCAUUCUCGCUAAGCAUGAUUCAACUUAUGAGGAGGAAGAUUUCGACGCUAUUAUGAUGGCAAUGAAGAGCCUUUAAGGCGAGAAUGUGUUAUGUAAAAAUAAUGUAUGAAAAAAUAUCAAAGAAAAUUGUUGGUUGGUUGGUGAAUAACUGCCCUGCACAUGGACAUAAAUAAUUAAUAACAGUCACACGUAAAAAAAUUAUCUAAUCUGGAACAACAAAAAAAAAAAAAAAAUUGGUCGUAACUCCAUUUUUUCCAUCAAUCUUUGUACAUGAACAAUGAAAACUUUUUUUGUUAAAAUUUUUUUAAAAAAAUGAUAUCAAUGAUGUCCUUUUCUGCUCUUCCUUAUUAUUUUCUCAAAUUAUCAAUGUUUUUUAAUCCACCUUACAAAAUAAUUAUUUUCUAUCCUAACAUCCUUUUUGAUGUUUUUUUAACACUUAAUUUAUCUAUUUAUUCUUUUUUGAUACUUUUUGCUAAUUGGCUUCUCCUUAAUUAUUACUAUUGUGUCGCUUUGUUGGCUGUUGUCUGAUGCUAUCUCAUAUAAAAAACUAUAUAUAAUAUUGCCAUACAUUCAUUGCCAAGAAAUAAACAUACACAUUUACAAAAACUCUUUUGCAUUCAUGUCUAAAUCUGUUUUUUGCUUAAAACAACAUCUUAUAGCUUUGUAGAUUUAGAGCUAUAGUCAUUUUGGGAACUAUAUUGGCGCACAUGCAAUGCAAAACACUCAAGAAUUGCUGUUUUAACAUAUUAACGGUUUUAAACUUUUCAAAAUUUAUGUUGAAACAAAGAGGGGAAAACAACUUUUUUGUAACAAAUUCAAAUUUUACAAAGUCGUUAAAGUUUGAAAAUUGCAUGACAGUUUGAAUUCAAAUUUUACAAAACCGUUAACAUUUAAAGAUUGCUUAACGGCUUAAAAUUCAAGUUUUACAAAACCGUUUAAAGUUUGAAAAUUGCAUUACAGUUUGAAUUCAAAUUUUGCAAUUUUUGUACAGUUUUACAAAACCGUUAAAAUUUAAAUCUUUCAAAACCAUUCAAAUUGAGCUUUACAAUUUUGUUGAUUUUCCCCUAUUUUUUGAGCUUAAAAGCUCCGAAAAAAGCACAGAAUGAGAACACAUUAAAUUUCUUGAAAUGAUUGUAAGUUUGCAAAAGAGUUUUUCUCAACUUCCGCCUAAAGUAUGGAAAAUAAAGUGCAGUUUAUUCCUUCAGUAUGAUUCAUUUGAUCUAUGUGACAAUAAAAAAAAUUAUUAAAUGAUGUUUCGAAAGCUCCUCGAUAUCAGCGGAUUUGUCUUCAGAUUUUGUUGUUUGAAUGUUAUGUUCAUCCUUAUUAUUUCAUUCAUUCUAAAAGUGAUACAUGGAAAUAUCUUAAUUCCCCCUAUUCGGAACCCAUCAAACUUAUUUUUUUUCGCCAUAAUUCUUUAUUUGUGGAUUUUAAGUUUUAGCUUAGUGGAACGUAUGAAAAAAAGUAUACAGCAUAUGAAAUAUGAGUGGAGUGUUCAUUUUCUAUUAUCUAUUUUUAUUUUCCUAUUAGUAUUAUAAUUCAUCAUUGUUCAUAAAUGAAAUCUCAUUGGCAGAAAAUAUUGAAUGCCUUAUUUUUUUCCCAUCCAUAAAACCCAUAAAUUGGAAUGUUUCGCAUUAUAAAUUUUAUUUUCAUAUCAAAACGAUAAAGAACUUUAUUGAAUGUUGGAUGCAGUGCACAUGUUAUUAAUAUAAUAUAAUAAAGAAUACAUCAACACCUUUUUUUUCUAUUUUACCAUCAACACCACUUCCUGCCUUUUAUAAACUUUAUUUUUAUCAUUAUUAUAUCUUUUUUUCAAUUGUAUUAGACAUAAAUUUAACAUCAUGGAAGAAUGUAAUUUCUCUU